CCGGACUGGGCUGUCCGCCCUGCAAUACAUAAGGCGAUGCAGGGAGGCGGCGCUACGGAAAGAGCCGCUGCAGCCGCCUCCGAGAAGUCGCAGGAACCGCCGGAAGGACGCGCAAAGAUGGUGAAGACCGUGGGCAGCCUGACGGAAUUUCAGGCAGAAUUGACAAAUGCUGGUGGAAAGCUCAUAGUCGUCGACUUCUCUGCCACAUGGUGCGGACCAUGCAAAAUGAUCAAGCCGUUCUUCCACAGUCUUCUCGAAAAGUAUCCGGAUGUAGUGUUUAUUGAAAUCGACGUGGAUGAUGCUCAGGAUGUUGCCGCUCACUGUGACGUCAAGUGCAUGCCAACAUUCCAGUUCUACAAGAACAAUCAAAAGGUGCAUGAAUUCUCUGGAGCGAACAAAGAGAAGCUGGAAGAAACCAUCAAGAAUCUAAAGUAACCUAACCCACAGAUUCCUAAAUCAUAAAAAAAGUGCUGACUGUUAAAUUAUAGCCUUUUCUACAUAAUGAACUGAUCAAGUUAGAUCAUGUAUCCAAAUACACUUUUGACUCGUUGGCCUGUAAAUGAGAAGAAUAAAAAUGUAUAAAACGGG